CCACAAACAAAAUCAUGCCACCUUUUACUGUGUAUAAUAAUAUAAACCCACACAUCCUCCCAUGUAUCCAUGUCUGUCAUCCAUUCAAACCCUUCCUAUGUAAAGCCAAACACCCCUGACCUUGUCCCUCUCUCCCUCUCAACACAUUUUUCAAAACCCUCUUUUCUUUGCUCCGCAAUCACCCCGAGGUCCAGAAAGCCAGCGAGAAAUCAUAAAGCUAAGGUACGAAGGUCUAUAAACCCUCCUAAGCUAAACCCUAAGCUGAAGAGUCCAUGAAGAUCCUCUCCAUGUUACUCUUUCUCAUUUCUCUCCUCUUCCCAUUCUUCUUAGCUUCCCAGUCUGCAACAAUCCUGGUGGAUGGUGUUUCAGAGUGGGAAAACCCCAGUGUUAAUGUGGGAGACUCAAUAAUUUUCAAACACAAGUACCACUACAACCUCUAUAUUUUCCGGAACAAAAAUGCCUUCAACCUCUGCAAUUUCACCCAAGCUACACUCCUCACCAAACCCAACUCCACCUCCUAUGCGUGGCACCCUUCUCGCCCUGGUUUCUUCUACUUUACUUUCAACAAUGGCUCCCUCAAAACAUGCCAAGGCUCUCAAAAGCUCCCCAUAAAAGUCUCUCCCGAGCUGCCUCCAGAAAAUGCAACCACCCCUUCACCAGAAUUACCUCCAGUAGCGGCUCCAGCACCGACUUCCGGUGGAUCAGUUGUGUCAUCUUCCCCAGCAUAUCCAUGGCCAUUCCGGCCUCGCCAGGCGGUUUCACCAGCACCAAGCGCUAGCUCACCGGUGACAGUACCAACUCUAGUGCCAGAUAAAGGCGGUGGCAUCCCUUUCAUCAACAGCAACCCUGCAGUUCCUCUGCCUACUGGUGAAGUUGAUUCUGCCACUAUUCGCCCUUUGCCCACCUCUGCUCAUGGAGGACAGGCGGUGGUGGGGUUCCUUGCAGCUCCAAUGGCACUAUUAUCUGUGGCUUUGCUUGGGCUGUAAAAAGAGAGAGAUGGAUUGGAGGGAAUGGGUUGGCCAAAUUUAUUGUACAUUAAAACAUAAUAUAUUUGGAGUGAUUAGAGGGUAAAGUAGCUUUAAGGUCCAUGAUUAUAUAUGGUAAGCUCUUUGUGAGGUGAAAGGUGAUGCCAUCUAGACCCUACUUGGAAUCAUUGCCACUUUUGCUCUUUAGUUUUGCCAUGCAAUCGAUUACUUCUACUUUUACUUUUUCUUAUCCCUCCCCCACUUCUUUUUUUUUUUUUUCUUUUCACAUUUUCCAUCUUCAGGACAAUUUAAUUUGAAUCUACUUAUCAUUCCAUGUUA